CAACAAGUGAUUUCGGAAGCUAUAGUGAUCUUUUAAUAACACAAGCAUGUAACUCGUUGCAAAAUGUUACAUUGAGACUAAUUGAUUAGUGAACCGAGAAAUCAAGCUAGAAGAUUCAGAAUGAAGACCGAAAACGGCAACUCAAGCCAAAUGACUUCGGGUAUCGAGCAACGUCUGCGUAGUCCAAAGUGCGCGAGAUGCAGGAACCACGGUGUGAUUUCCGGUUUGAAGGGCCACAAGAGGUCCUGCGCAUGGAAGGACUGCCGUUGUCCUUGUUGUUUGUUAGUGGUCGAAAGACAGCGGGUGAUGGCUGCGCAAGUUGCCCUAAGAAGACAGCAACAGGCUCAUGGUAAUUACUUCGGUGAUAAUGUCUCGACUGUCUGUCACACGCCAAUGGAUACAACCAGUCCGCCGUACUUGAUUAAAAAUGAUCAACCUGUGUGCAGAAGAACGAAGAACUUUCAACGUCAUCAGUUACACUUCACGCAAACUAGCAUCAGCGUAACGCAAGGUUUCUACGGAUUAAAGACUAUUCACGGCUUACCUACAGCAUUUACCGCAGAUCCUCCGUUACUGAAUGGUUUAUCACACAAUCAGGAAUAUAAUCAAGAACCUGAGAGUUCGAAGAAGAUACAGCCCUUUCCUUCGAUGUAUUCCUCGAUUCCGUGGUUUGAACAUGUCGCAGAACCCCGUAAGGUGAAAAAGAAUUUCAACAAUUUCGCUUCCACGGAUCGCGAUGAUAUUUCUACAUCCAAGAAUGGAUCUUGCAUGGAGAAGAAAUCGACGAUUUCUUUUAGCGUGGAAUCUAUCAUUGGAACGAAAUGAUAUGAAAGAAAUGAAUUCUUUUUUACGUGAUUGCAUUUCAUUGCUAUUGUAAAUAGUAUUCAUCCUUAUUCGUUCGACCUAACUUAUAGAAUAAAAGAAUUAAACAUAAGAUGUACAAGAAUUUUUCAGUAGCUUAAAGUGCCAAUUAACCUUUUUUUUAUGAAAUGCAGAUUAAUAUUGUAAACAUUUUUUAAAGUGCGUUAGAUUAUUAUGUAUUACUGCUGUAAACUUAACUAUCACGUAAUCAUAAAUAAAUUGUAUAUAAGUCUUGAUACCGCACUUUAAUUUGUAGUCGAAAUUAU